AUGGCAGGAUUACUGAGGGUGCAGCCGCCGAGCCUCGAGCUCGGCGUCAGGGUCGUCAGGGUGGAUGGCCUAGAGCAGGAGCAGCUGGAGGAGCGCGGCGGCGGCAGCCUCUUCCUGAGGUACUACGUGCCGGCCGGGGACGGGCGGCGGCGGCUGCGGGUGGACACGCGGGAGGUCCCGUGCGCCGUGGACGGGGACUUGCGCUGGGGCGAGCUCGCGCGCUUCCAGCGCUGGGGUGGUGGCGGUGCGGCCGGGGGAAUCGCGUUCGAGCUGCGGUGGAGGCCGCGGCCGUCGUCCUCGUCCGGGCUGGCGGCGGCGCUACUGGGGACCGGCGGAGCGCGGGUGAGGCCGUCGUCGCGGGUGCUGGCGCGGGCCGAGCUCCCGUGGGCCGACGUGUCGUCGGCGGCGGCGGCGCAGCCGGCGGAGAGGUGGCUCACGCUCUCGCAGGUGGGCCGCGAGCUGCGCGGGUGCAAGGCGCCUAAGCUGCUGGUCGAAGUCAAGGCUGUCCGCCACGCCGCCGUUGCUAGCACGGAGAGGACAUCCGGUGGCGGCAUGACCCAGUGCUGCCGUGCUGCCGAGCGCUGCGGCCAGUGCGGGUGGGUUGGGAGCGAGGAGGAUAUGUUCCUUGCAGCAACGUUCAGUCAGCAGUACUAG